AUGGGGAACACCCCAAGUGUGCCAGAGGAAGCUGAGGAUGACAACACCUGCACAGUGAAGAGCUACCAGCCUCUCCCUGAGUCUGCUGCCAGUGCUCCAAAUGGAUCUGUGGCGUUUGCUCAGAGCCCUCCCCUGGCCGGGGAUGGUGCAGCGGCUGCCCAGGCUCCUGCAGGCCGGGAUAAUGGAGCCGUGUCUGCGGCGGAGCCGAGCGGCGGGAGCGCUGCCAGGAAGGCUCUGGCAGCUGCCAGGCCCCGCUCCCUGCUGGCCGUGCCCUGGGCUGUGCCAGGGCGUGCCGAGGGACCCGCGGCGCCUCCAGCCCCGGCAGCGCCCGCUCCCGAUGCCACCGGGCUGAGCAAAGCCCCGAGCGAGGGCUCCGAGGGACCCGCGGCCCAGCAGGGCGGCCGUCGACCCCCGGAGCAGGCCCCGCUGCACGACAUCCAGCUCACGGUGACACCCCAGGGACACGAUGUGGCCGCCCCAAAGGCCAAGCCAGUGACGCUCCUGGACAGGAUCUUCAGGCUGGAGAAGGGCAAGGACAGGACUCGAGGUGACCCCGAGGAGGGGAGGCAGGGCUCGGACGUGCCCAACGGGAGCAUCGCGGCCGGCGCGCCCGACGGGGCCCCGCUGGGCAAGGAGAUAGAUGAGUGCACCCCAAAGGAGCUGGGGCAGGACUGUGCAGGUGGAGAGGGCCCGGAGGCUGCAGCACCUGGCAGGGCACAGGUAGAGCAGGACAGUGCCCAGGCAGCUGCAGGACAGGGCUCAGUCAUGAGCUUCCUCAAAACCCUGGUCUCCCCAAGCAAAGCUGAAGCCAAAAGUGAUUCUGAAGACAAGGGCUCCAAGGCGGAGAAGGGCCCUGGGGGACAGCCUGGCCCGAAGGCAGCAGCAGAAUCCCCCUCCAAAGGAGCCAAGAAAAAGAAGGCAGAGAGCCCCAAGCUGGGCCACAGCACCUUUAGCAAACUCUUUAGGCACAAGGCUGCAAAAGAAACCCAGCAGACAACCAACACCAAAAGCCCUGAGCAGCCUCCUGCCAGCUGUGUGAAAGCAGACAGAAAUGUCCCUCCCUCCCAAGAGCCGCCGGCCAAGCCCAACCCCAAAGCACCAGAGGCUGUGGCCCCUGUGCAGGCUGUGACCUCUGACAGCCCCAGGGAGGCCACCAAGGACAAGGGCUCGGCCACCCCCCUGCCCCUGAGCAAGCUCUUCUGGAAAAAGAACUCCUCGGAAGAAGCAGAGGCUGUGAGCAAUGAGAAGGCAGAGGUGGCUCCCGAGGCGGUGGCUCCGGACAGGGAUGAGAGCAAGAGCGCGGAAAGCGCCGAGGUGAAACCGCGAGGGGCCGAGAGCAAAACGCCCAAGACAAACCUGAGGAAGUUUUUUAAGCUGUCAGUCAAGGGUGCUGGAGGGACCCCCAGUGCACAGGAGGGAGAGGCUCCCAGCCCCAGACACCCCCAUACCUUGAACGCCACGGAGAAGCCUCUUGCCCCAUCUGAGAGCGACCCUGGGGGCCAGAGGAGCAAAGAGGGCUCCAAAGACAAGAAGUCCACGCUGGAGCUGGGCAGGCAGAAGGGCAGGGAGCAGCCAGAGCCCCGGGAGGGAGCAGCAGCCGAGCCCGACCAGAUCCAGAACGGCGGCGACCCCAAGGACCCCCCCUACAAGAAGACAGAGAAGAGGCAGUCCCUGGGAGGCUUUUUCAAAGGCCUUGGCUCCAAAAGGACGUCGGACGCAGAAGUGCAGACAGACCCCGUGUCCAUCCUCCCUGCUGGGAAAUCCAAGUAGUGGCCAGCCCUGCAGGGAGGCUCAGCAGCUCUCUGGAGCUCCUGGCAGCAGAACUGACUCCUUUUCCUCCCGUGGCUGGCAGCAAACACCGGGGUGCCGUUGCAGGUUGUCACUGGUUUGUUCCUCACCUGUGGGAAGCAGCUCUGAAGAUCCCCAGGAAUUGUGUUUAAAGGAAGGUGGUGUGGGUGGUUUGAGGUGUGGAGAGGUGUAAGUCAGGGAUGAGGGUGGCAGAGAAUUCAAUACAUGGCAGAAAAACCAAGCAGGUGCAAAGGAGGGCAGCGAGGCACGGGCAGCUUUGGAGAGCUUGAAAGCAGCCAGGAAAACCAGAGAUCCCCUGGGAUAAACUGAAUUAAAUCCCCCUGGAUAAAUGUUCUGCUUCAGUGCCAAAACAGCCCAGUCACUCCUGGGGGGUUUGACAGAGCUGCACCUGGAGCUGAGCCCUCCAGCCUGGCAGAGCCCGUGCUGCUCCACUCCUGCUUCUCUGGGUUAUUAAUGGGAAUUAAAACGCUAAAAAUGCAAAGGCUUGAGUGAUUGAGGCAGCUCCUCUCGGGGCCCGGGGGUGGGAUAACAAAUUAAAAGCUGUUUAAGGUUCUAAUGGGACACAAGAGGGCACCCACGUCCCCUAACGCCGGGAAUUAAUGUUCCUUAGAUCAUAGGAAACUUAGCUCUUCAUCCUGAUGCUUGUUUGUGUCCGUACUUGGAAUUAAUCCUAAUAAAAACCAAAAUCAAAGCUGCCCGGGCAGCUCUCUGCUUCACAACACUCCUGUAAUAACUCUAGGUAAUAAAUUUU